GAUGUAUCCAUGACUGUAGCAGGAAGUGACUGACCCCUGACUCCUAAUGAUUUCAUUUUUUAUUUUCCUGUAGUGCGGGGCUUGAAGAUUUCGGACGCAAAGAGACCCCACAGUAAAGUCCUUUUUUUAAAAAAAGAAAAAUGAAGAACCCAGCAAGUUGAGUUGGAAGAGCGAAAGCAAACGGAGAAGUUCUUCUGAUUUCACAAGAAUUUGAAAAAGUGAAGCGCGGUCUGAAAGCGGAAUGGUUCGCACGAACAACGUUUGGUUUGAACUGUGAAAAGGAAGGAUCAGCGAAAAGUGCGGGACAUAACGGUUCCUCUGGAUGGCUGCAGAGACUGCCGGCUUUUUCCGGGCGGAGUUAGAGCGCAUUGAAUCCAUGAGUCGCCUUGGCUCCUAGCAGCAGAGAGAGAGAGGAGAGGGCAGAGAUGGAGAACCGGCUGGGAGUGAGGUUGUCAAAGGUAGCUGUUCUACAUGAAUACAUUGGGAGAAGACUGUAUGAGGUUAUCCCUUCUACAUCUGUUCAAGAUAUCAAGGAGUUAAUCCAUGUGGAAACAGAUUUCCCUGUUUCGGAACAGCGGUUGCUGUACAAUGGAAAAGAGUUGUAUGACUCAGCGCAGAUUGGGAGCUUGUUACAAUCUGGAACCUCUGAGAUUAACUUGACUCUGCAAGGAAGAGGACUUAAGGGAGGAGGCAAAUUUGGACAAACAACACCACCACUUGUAGAUUUCCUUAAGGAUAUUCUGAGGAGGUAUCCAGAGGGAGGACAGAUUCUUAAGGAAUUGAUACAAAAUGCUGAAGAUGCCGGAGCUACUGAGGUGAAGUUUUUAUAUGAUGAGACAGAAUAUGGAACAAAUUCACUUUGGUCAGAGAUGCUGAAGGAAUAUCAAGGACCAGCUUUGUACUCAUACAACAAUGCAGUAUUCACCCCUGAGGAUUGGCAUGGAAUUCAGGAAAUAGCGAGAAGUAGGAAAAGAGAUGAUCCGCUGAAAGUUGGACGAUUUGGUAUUGGUUUCAAUUCUGUCUAUCAUAUAACAGAUGCACCGUGCAUAUUUAGUGGGACUCAAAUUGGAAUAUUAGAUCCCCAUCAAUCACUCUUUGGAUCCCAUGAAUCAGGUCAAAGUUGGAAUCUAACAAGCGACCGCGAAGAGAUUAGUGAGCACCCAGACCAAUUUGCACCAUAUGUUGGCAUCUUUGAUAGCACCAAAGAAACCUUUAAAGAUGGCUUUCUUCCUGGCACCAUAUUCAGGUUCCCUCUCCGUAAAAAACCAUCCUACAUAAGCAACAAUCUGUAUAAUAAAGAUAAAGUUCUUGAGUUGUUUGAGUCAUUCAAAGCAGAUGCGAGUUCUCUUUUACUUUUCCUGAAAAAUGUGCAGAGUGUGACUUUGUACAUCCGGGAAUCCAAUGGCACAGAGAGAAUCCUCUUCAGAGUGACUGCCUCUGAGGGUAAAGAGCUGAAACAUGAGAGGCCAAACUCCUUAAAGAUCCUGAGGACUGCUGCAGAUCGCUACUGCAAUAAUAUUCCAAGCAACAAUGUAACAUGUGUGACUUACCAUGUAAACAUAGUGGCUGAAGAUGUAACUUCAAAAGAUAUGGAAGAAAUGUCUUGGCUCGUUUGCAACAGUGUGGGUGGCCGAGGGAUGUGCAAUGAACUGGACUGUUUGGCUGAAGACUUGAAGUACAUUCCUAAUAUUGCCAUUGCCAUGCCUCUCCUGCGUAGCGAGGAGGUGAAAGGAGCUGUAUCUGAGUUCGUAGGGCGAGCAUUCUGCUUCCUUCCUUUACCUCCUGGUGAAGAAAGCAAGACUGGCCUGCCUGUGCACAUCAGUGGUUUCUUUGGAUUAACAGAUAACAGAAGGAGUAUUAAGUGGAGAGAAGUAGACCAGUGGAGAGACCCCGCUGCUCUAUGGAAUGAGCUCCUUAUUAACAAUGUAGUUCCGAAGACUUAUGCCACACUGGUUCUAGAAGCUGUGAAACGAAUGCAAGCUGAAAAAGAUCAGGAUUCUCCAUUAACUCCUGAGGCCAUUCACAAAGUAUGGCCUGAUGUAAGCAAGAUCCGAGUGCACUGGAAACCAAUUUUAGAGCCCCUCUUUAAGGAACUGAUUCAGCAUCCUGUAAUCUAUUCAAUGAGUAACCGUUGGGUGAAAGUUGACUUGGUUUAUUUCUGUGAAAUGGACAAUGGCAGAGACUGUACAGAAACAGUUCUCAACUUCCUCAAUAAGACAGGAGUACAGAUAGCUCGAGUGCCUGAAAAUGUCUUUAAUGCUGUACAGGCCUACAGCCCUGAUGCAAAGAACCUAAAGAGAGUCAGUCCUGCACUGGUACGGCAGGUGAUUAGAAAAUUCAGGCAUCGAGGCAGUCCAGAGGAAAAACUUCAGCUUCUGGAGUAUGUGCUGACUGAUCACAACUUUGGAGAAUUGAUUGGAUUGGAACUGCUUCCACUACAGAAUGGGAAUUUCAUAUCUUUUGACUCCUCUGCAGCAGAUAAGGAUGCCAUUUACAUUACCACAGAUGAUCAUCCCAGGUCUCUUUUCCCAGGACUGGAGGGAAGAUUUCUUGCUGAAAAUCUGAAGCCAACUAUCAUGUCUGCCCUGAGGGAAGCUGCUGAAAGCCGAGGUCGUCUCUGUACACAACUGCAAUUAAUGACUUCUGAUCGUUCUGCGCGUCUUAUUAAAGAAUUGGUGAAUGCUUGCUGGCCUGGCAGAGAGAUGAUGGUGCAGUGGUCACCAAGAAACUUACAGAAGAAGCAUCCACCCAUGUCAUGGUUGACUACAGUAUGGAGAUAUCUGUAUCACAACUUCCCCGAAGACCUGUCUCUGUUUGAGGAAUUGCCAUUGAUCCCUAAGAUGCCUUUAGAUGAAACCCAAACUACAGUCAAUCUUUUACGUCUCCGAGCUCCAUCCCCCAUAAUCAUGGAAUCUGACAAUGACACCCAACUCCCUGAGUUCCUACCAGAGAUUAUUGAAAAGCUUGGUGGAGUUGUCAUUAAAGAACUAGACCCAUGUUUGCAGCACCCUCUUAUGAAAAAAUACAUCCAUUCUCCUCUGCCUAGCACCUUGUUGCAGAUCCUGGAUAAAGCAACACCACAAAAGAUUUUCAGUCAGGUUAUGUUACUACCUCCAACACACAAGGUUGCAUUGAGAUGUUUCUUAGCUAGUUUGCCAGAAGUGAAUGAGCGAGACAAAAAAAUUCUUCAGGAGCUGAUGAUCUUUAACAAAGUUGAACCAGUUUCUGAGAAAAGCAGCCGAAGUUUUAUAGCAUUAAAAUGCAGUAAAGUCUUACAUCACACUGCAAAGCUCCCAUCAGACAUUCGGCUAUCUAUUCCAGUAGUAAAUUGCAGCGAUGAAGCUUCUAUUCGGCUAAUUACCUUACUAAAAAUUGAACAAUUAAAAAGUACAGACUGCCUAAAGAUUAUAUUACAAGAUAUUGAAAAAAGCUUUUAUUCUACUAAGGAUGUCACAGAUAUUGUGAUUUGGAUUCUCAUCAAUUUAGCUUUCCUCAAGGAUGAAAAUGCUUUGUUUGUUGAAUGGCUGAAGUCCUUGAAAUUUAUUUCUACUUCUCAGGGAAGAUUAAUGUCAGCUAACGAGUUGUUUGAUCCUGAAAUAGAAACAUUACAGAACUUGUUUUAUGCUGAUGAAAAAACAUUUUUUCCACCAGAUAGCUUUACCUCAACUCCAGAUAUCUUACAUGCCCUGAGACAAAUAGGCUUAAAAAAUGAAGAUCAAUUAAGUGAAAAAGAAGUUGUACAAGUGGCCAAAAGAAUUGAAGUGCUGCAGAGCAAUAGUAAAGUCAAGCAAGAUCUGGUUAUCAAAAAAGCUAAAACAUUACUUGCAAUUCUGCACAGACAGAAGAGUUUAUUAAUUUCAACUGAAACCAAGACAAUAAUGCAAAAGUUAAAAUGGGUUCCAGUUUGCAAGAAACGUCCUCUGAAUUAUCCUCAAUCCUUGGCUUGGAAAGGAGACGUAUUAAAUUUUCACAAGGCAUGUGAAAUGCGAGAUUUAUCUGAAGCUGUAUUGUUGGGCUCUGCAGUGCCCCUUGUGGAGGACAUCUCUUUGGAAGUUCGAAAAUUGUUGGGUUUUUCCACAGAACCCAGUUUGAGUAAGGUUUUAGGGCAUUUGAAAAAUGUUGUUGAUUGGCACACUUCCAAGGAUUUCAAUGAUGAUGAAUGGUACCAGUUUCAACAUUUCUUGCUUGAUAUUUAUGAAUAUAUGCAGGGCCAUCUGGACAAAGGUAAAGAAGGGUUCAACUCCUUGACAUUUCCCUGGGUGUGGACAGGGAAAGUCUUUUCUGUCCCUGGACAAGUAGCUAUAAAACCAAUUCAAGAUCUUGAUCUCGAGCCUUACCUAUAUAUUCUUCCAAAAACCAUGGCAAAAUAUCACAAAUUGUUUACAUUCUUUGGAGCACUAGAAGAAAUAAAUGCUGAGCACAUCUUCAGUAUUGUCAGGAGUAUCAAACAACAGUGUGUUGAUGAAACCAAUGAACAAGAAAGUAAACAAAACCUACUUCUGGUACUGAACAUCUUAAGAUGGUUAUAUAGUAAUCAGAUCACAGUUAAUCUUGAUACUCCAAUACCUAUUCAUUAUAGCAAAGAUCCCAACAGAUUGGUAAUGGAACCCAUUUACAAUUGUAGCUACUGUGACAUCAAAGUAGAUGAUCUUAAUGACUUGCUUGAUGAUUCCUUAGAACCCAUCUACCUGGUACAUGAGGACAUCCCUAUGAAAAUGGCUCAAGCACUACAAGUGCCAUGCCUUAGCACCAGGCUUAUUAACCCAGAGAACCUGGGCUUUGAGCAGUCUGGACAAAGAGAGCCACUCACAGUGCGCAUCAGAAACAUUCUUGAAGAAUACCCAUCAGUUGCAGAUAUCUUUAAGGAGCUGCUGCAAAAUGCAGAUGAUGCUGAGGGAACUGAAUGUAGCUUCCUGAUUGACAUGCGAAGAAAUGCAGAUAUCCGAGAAAACCUUCUAGAUCCAGGAAUGGCAGUGUGCCAUGGGCCUGCUCUAUGGUCAUUCAACAACUCUGAUUUCACAGAUUCUGACUUUGUAAACAUAACCAGACUAGGUGGAUCACUGAAGAGGAGUGAGGUUGACAAAGUUGGGAAAUUUGGACUUGGUUUCAAUUCUGUUUACCACAUUACAGACAUCCCUAUAAUUUUGAGCCGUGAGUUUAUGAUAAUGUUUGAUCCAAAUAUUAAUCAUUUGGCAAAGCAUAUUCGUGACAAAACAAAUCCUGGGAUAAAGAUCAAUUGGAACAAACACCAGAAGAGGUUAAGAAAGUUUCUCAAUCAGUUCAGGCCAUUUGUGAAUGUUUUUGGUUGUGACUUACCACUGUCCAUUGAAAAACCCUUCUGCUAUUUGGGAACCCUUUUCAGACUUCCUUUCAGGGUCGAGGAGGAGGCAUUAGUCAGUGAAAUUAGCAGUGUUUCCUACAAUACAGCAGAUAUCUAUUCUCUGGUUGAUGAGUUUAGCUUGUGUGGUCACAGACUAAUUCUCUUCUCUCAGAAUGUAAACACCAUGUUCUUAAAAUACCUAAAAGCAGAUGAGCCUGACCCUGGCUUGGCACAAACUAUCAUUGCCAUCAAGAAAAUUGCUUGUUUGUCAAAAGCUGUGUCAACACCCAUGAACAUCUUAAAGGAGGCUGCAAAACUGAUGAAAAUACUUGCUAGUACAAGACAGCUUCCUUCUGAAGCACCUAGGUGUGCCUGCAUAGUGCAAAUUGUGGUCGAUGAAUUUUUUCAUGUAUUCAGAAGGAUUGUAGAUCUUCAGUCACCACUGUUCAGAGGUCCGGAAGAUGAAGUUACACCUUUCUUUGAGGUUUCAGCUAAGUCAGCUCAGAGCAGAAAGGUAAAUGAAGAGGUACCACAAAAAGUGACUGAAUCCACUACUUGGCUUAUAUGUUCAUGCAUGGAUACUGGAGAAGCACUGAUAUUUUCAUUGCAAGAAAAUGGGAGGAGAUUAGGGCUUGUCCCUUGUGGGGCUGUUAGUGUUUUGCUAUCAGAAACAGAAGACAACAAGUGGAGCAUUAAAACAAAUGGCAGUGCUUAUGGAGAAGUGUUCUGUUAUUUGCCUUUGAGAAUCAAAACUGGAUUGCCUGUGCAUAUCAAUGGUUGCUUUGCAGUUUCCUCCAAUCGAAAAGAAAUCUGGAAAACAGAUACAAAAGGGACAUGGAACAUGAUAUUUAUGAGACAAGUGAUUGUUCAGGCAUAUUUAGAAGCACUUGCUGUGCUACGAGACAUGGCUAUUAAUGCAGAACUUGUUGAUUACAAUUAUUACACCCUGUGGCCUGAUAUUGCCUUGGUUCAUGAUGACUUUGCUAUGGUAUGGCAAGGUCUUUAUGAGGAUAUUGCCAAAGGAAGAGGAAACAAGCUGACAGAGGUGUUCUCAGAUGGAACUUCCUGGGUUUCAAUCAAAAACAUAAGAUUUUUGGAUGAUGCUUUGCUUCACAGACCAGUUGUUGGGCCUGUGGCUUUCAAGAUCCUUUUGAAGUUCCUCAAGAAGGCUGAGCCUCAGCCAUUGUGUGCUGUGGAGCUUCCAUCUUGGGUUAGAGCUGGUUUUGAAGAGGCAGGAUGCAAGAAUAUAUUACUGGAAAACACAUUUUCUGAGAAGCAGUUUUUUACAGAGGCAUUUUUUCCAUACAUUGAAGAGAUUGAGGCAGAACUACGAGAUCCUUUGAUGCUUUAUGUUCUUGAUGAAAAGGUAUUGGAGCUUUCAGGGUUUCUACGUGUUACCCGUUGUAUACCAUCUUCAGGGGAGCACCAGCAGUUAUCCGUUCCUUCAAGACUUAUCCAUCCAGAAGGCCGAGUUGCCAAGCUGUAUGAGACAAGUGAUGGGCGAUUUCCUUAUGGAACUACACAAGACUACUUGAACCCAGUCCGUUUAGUAAAGCUGGUGCAACUUGGCAUGAUUAAGGAUGACAUUUCAUGGGAGGAUUUACUAGAACGGGCAGAGUCGGUGGCAGUGCUGAAUCAAAGUGAUCAUGCAGCAGCUUGCCAGCGUAGCAGCAUCAUACUGAGUUUAAUUGAAGAGAAAGUAAAGUUUCGGGAUCACAGAGCCAAAGACUUUGCUGAGAAAUUUCAGUCUAUACCUUUCCUUCCUUUUCUCAAAAAGCCUCCUGGUUUCUCAUUGCAUUGGAAAGGAAAUGAUUUUCAGCCAGAAACCAUGUUUGCAGCGAAGGAGGUUUAUACAGCUGAGUACCAGGAUGUAGUUUGUCUUCUGCAUCCUAUUCUAAAUGAAAAUCCUCCCAGUAAAGGAUGCGGUCCUCUUUCUUCCGGUGUUAAAGAUACAUUUGGGUUGCUAAAGAAGCCACCUAUUCUUGUAGUGUUGGAUCAGUUGAAGAAAGCAGCUAUUUCCUUUGACGGUAUUACUCUCUGCCAAGAGAGCAUCACAAAUGCUUGUUACAAAUAUCUUCAUGAAGCCAUGCUAAAGAAUGAAACUGCAAAGUUACAAAUCAAUGAGGGGCUUCAGAAUUUUAAUUUUGUUCUGGUUGAAAACACCUAUGUUGAGUCAGCGAAAGUUGCAUUCCACCUCAAUUUUGACGCAACCCCUUACCUGUACCAGCUCCCGAAUAAGUACAGAAACAAUUUCCGUGAGUUCUUUGAAAAGCUGGGAGUCCAAUCCUCAUUCACUGUGGAAGACUUUGCAUCUGUCCUUCAAGUCUUAAAAACUGAAUGUGCCCAGGAAUCUCUAAAUGAGUCUAAUUUUCAGCUUUGCCGAAGAAUCAUUAGUGAAGGCGUCUGGGGUCUCAUUAGGGAGAAAAAUCGAGACUACUGCAAGAGAAAAUAUGGAACCCUUCUGUUACCAGAUAGUGAGCGGUUCCUUGUUCCAGCUAAAUCUCUGUGUUACAAUGAUUGUCCUUGGAUAAGAGUGAGUGAUAAAACUGUGAAAUACUGCCAUCCUGACAUACCAAGAGAGGUAGCUGUUAAACUUGGAGCUCUACCAAAGCGCCACAAAGCUUUAGAACGUUAUGCAUCAAAUAUUUGUUUUACCACCCUUGGCAGUGAAUUUGGACAGAAAGAGAAGCUAACCAGCAGAAUUAAGAGCAUUCUCAAUGCUUAUCCUUCUGAGAAAGAAAUGCUGAAGGAGCUACUUCAAAAUGCAGAUGAUGCUAAAGCCACUGAAAUUUACUUUAUCUUCGAUCCUAGACAACAUCCAGGAGAUCGAAUCUUUGAUGAGAAGUGGGCACCCCUUCAAGGUCCUGCAAUUUGUGUGUACAACAACCAACCAUUCACAGAAGAUGAUAUUCGAGGGAUUCAGAACCUUGGAAGAGGAACAAAGGAAGGGAAUCCAGGUAAGACUGGGCAAUAUGGAAUAGGAUUCAAUUCCGUUUACCAUAUAACAGACUGCCCAGCAUUUAUUUCCGACAAUGACGUACUCUGCAUAUUUGAUCCCCAUGCAAGGUAUGCUCCUGGAUCUACCAAUGUUAGCCCUGGGCGCAUGUUUAGAGAUUUGGAUUCAGACUUCAGAACCCAAUUUACAGAUGUACUGAACCCAUUUCUAGGCAAUCUUUUCAAACUUGAAAAUGCUACCAUGUUUAGGUUUCCAGUAAGAAAUGCCGAGAUGGCCAAAACAUCUGAAAUCUGUCAAGUUCCUGUAUCAGAUCAAAUGGUUCAGAAUCUUUUGGACAAACUGCGAAGUGAUGGAGCUGAGCUUCUAAUGUUUUUAAAUCACAUGGAGAAGAUUUCCAUUUGUGAUAUUGAGAAGACAACUGGGAACCUAAAUGUUCUGUAUUCUGUGAAAGCCAAAAUUACAGAUGGUGACAGGUUGAAACGGAAGCAGUUUCACGCAUCUGUACUUGAUAGUGUAAAUAAAAGGAAACAACUUAGCCAGAUACCAGUGCAUCAAAUUACUUACGCUAUGGACAUUGAAGAUUCUGAAGGCAAUCUUACAACCUGGUUAGUCUGUAACAGAUCAGGUUUCUCAAACAUUGAGAAAGUUUCAAAGACUGUUAUAUCAGCUCAUAAAAAUGAAGACAUAACACUCUUCCCCCGAGGAGGAGUUGCUGCCUGCAUCAGUCAUAAUUACAAAAAGCCUUACAGAGCUUUCUGCUUUCUGCCAUUGUCAUUGGAAACAGGAUUACCUGUUCAUGUAAAUGGGCAUUUUGCUUUGGAUUCGGCCAGGAGAAAUUUGUGGCGGGAUGACAAUGGUGUCGGAGUACGUAGUGAUUGGAACAAUAACCUUAUGACGACGUUGAUUGCUCCAGCUUAUGUGGAGCUGCUGGUACAGAUACGGAAGCGCUACUUUCUAGGUUCGGACCCAACAAUAACAGUCUUGCAAAAUACGCCCACUCAUGUUUUGAAGGAUUUAAUGAAAAAAUUUAUGACCUUCUUCGCUGCUAACAAGCCUGACAUACAGCCAGAUUGGUACUGCCUUGUGAGAUCUGUCUAUUGUUGUCUUCAUGACGAUCUCAAGCGUCUUCUACCAGUUGUCCGGAUACCAAAUGCAGACAGUGGAGAACUGCAGCCUACAAUUUUUAUUAGCUGGGUAAAUACAUCCACAACAAACAGAACCAGAACGUUCUUUGACAAUUUGCUCCAAGAUGAACUACAGCACAUGAAAAGCACCGAAUACAAUAUUGCAGUACGGAAAACCAUUGCUGAAAAUGUUUACAGGCUCAAAAAUCUGCUACUUGACAUAGGAUUUAACUUAGUCUACAGCUCUGAUGAAACUUCCAACAUUUACCACUGUUUUCAGGAAUCAGGGAUUCCAGUGGUGUAUGUAACACCUGCUGAUGUCCGGGAAUUCUUGAACUCAUUUACAUCCCCUGAUUCAAGCUGUCAUCUUGGAAAGUUACCAUGUCGAUUACACCAAACUACCUUAAAGCUUUUUCACAACUUGAAACUUCUGGUUGACUACUGCUUCAAAGAUUCAGAAGAGAAUGAGAUUCGAGUUGAAGGGCUCCCUCUUCUCAUUACUUUAGAUAAUGUUCUACAAGUUUUUGAUGCAAAACGUCCAAAGUUCCUGACAACUUACCAUGAGUUGAUUCCAUCACGUAAAGAACUAUUUAUGAACACCCUUUACAUGAAGUACAAUAACAUCCUGCUCAAUUGUGGUGUUGCAAAAGCUUUUGACAUAAGCAGCUUUGCUGAGCUGCUAUCAUUUGUGCUGCCUAGGGAUUAUAGAACAAAAUCUGUUGUGAAAUGGAAAGAUAAUUUUGGAAGUGAAUCCUGGUUGAAGAACUGCUGGCAUUUCAUUAGUGAUGCAAUUUCGGUUAAGGAAGGUGAGGCAGAGAUUAGGCCAACAUUUGAAACUAUCACUGAGGUGUUAAAAGACUGGGCUUUGUUGCCUGGUACAAAAUUCACCGUUUCCAGCAACAGGAUGCUAGUGCCAGAGAGUGAUGUUCUAGUACCUCUCAGUUUGAUGAAUGUCUGCAUCUAUCCAAAUGGUCAAAAUGAUAAAGUUUUCAAUACACUGAUGAAAGCAGGCUGCAUUCAACUAGCUUUGAGUAAAAUUUGCUCUAAAGAGAACAUUUUAGUCUCACAGCUGGCUUUGCACAUGGCAAAUGUUGAGAGUCCUGAAAGCAUUCUAAACUCUCUCGAUUAUAUGAUCCGAACAUCAACACUAAGGACAGACCACUUGUCUGACAAUGACUUUGAAGUGCUUCUGAUGUACUUCAAUAGCAACUUGAAACAACUGACAGCCCAAGAUGACAUAAGGAUUCUGAAGUCUCUGCCUUGCUAUAAGGCCAUUAAUGGCAACUACGUCAGCAUUUUGAAAUAUGGGUCAUGCUUUGUUCUAACAAAGAGCAUUCCUCUAACUGGAAUAGAUAGAUGGGCACUGUCCACUUCCUUUGCAUUUCUUGCAGAUAAUCCCCAUCUGAAGGAUCUGUAUGCUUUCCUUGAUUGUAUUCCUAUAGAUGACCUUGAAGUAUAUUUGAAGCACUUGCUGCCAAAGUUCGAUAACCUAUCCAGUUCAGCGAAGACUGAACAUCUGGUACAUCUGAAGAAGAAACUUUCCAACCUGGAUGAAGGUACAGCAAUUAGGGAGCAACUGUUUGAAAAACUUGAAGGUCUUGCAAUUAUUCCAGACUCGUUCUACCGCUUAAAGCCUGCAAAUAACUUUUAUGACAAAACAGAAAAUGUUUUUCAAGUUAUGCUGCCAGAACACGCUUUCAUUUCUCAAGAUUUUUUUCGGAAACUGGAGCAAGUUGAGAAACCUAAGAACCGUGCUGCAUUCCUUACAUCGUGGAUAACAUUCUUUCGAAACAUUGGAUUGAAGUACACAGUCUCCCAACAACAGCUGUUACAGUUUGCUAAGGAGGUUGGAGCUCGUGCUCAAUCAGAGAAUUGGUCCAAAGAAACAAUACAGAACAAGGUUGAUGUCCUGUUAAACCAUAUAUUUCAAGAAAGGACAGACCUGUUCUCUGGAAAUUUUCUUAAGGACCUUUCAAUGAUUCCAUUCAUCUAUCCCGAACGGGCUCCAGCAGAUCUCUUGAAACUUCAUCCUCAAUUUCAAGAAUUGAAUGGGACUCUCCCUCUAAUACGGUUCAGUGGGUCUCAGGUCAACCCCAAAUUCAAGCAAACUGAUGUAAUGCAAUUGUUGUGGACAUCAUGCCCAAUUCUUCCAGAAAAGGCAAUACCUUCAAGUAUUAGGGAACAAGAAGAUAGCAAACUUGGUAACCAGGAACAAGUAGAGGAGGUCCUGGCAAUGCUAAAUGUCAGUCUGGACCCUCCACCUGACAAAGUCAUUAGUAACUGCAAAAACGUCUGUAACAUUGCAUCCCCAGAAGAUGAUAUGAUAAAAACAAGAGUCAAAGUCUUACGCAGCACUUAUGAAUUUCUGAAUGCAGAAAAAAAAGAUUUCCGCUUCCAUCUUCGAGGUGUUGCCUUUGUUAUGGUUGAAGAUGGCUGGAAACUACUUAAGCCUGAAGAGGUUGUAAUAAAUCUUGAGCAUGAGUCUGAUUUUAAACCAUACCUCUACAAAUUGCCUUUAGAACUUGGCACUUUCCACCAAUUGUUUAAACUUUUGGGUACAGAAGAUAUUGUUUCAACAAGACAGUAUGUUGAGGUUCUUGGACGUAUAUUUAAAAUAUCUGAAGGGAAACAGCUAGAGCCAAAUGAAAUGCGAACUGUCAAAAGGGUCGUUUCUGGAUUAUUUAAGAGCCUUCAGAAUGACCCGAUAAAGGUCAGACUUGAUCUUGAUAAUAUUCGAGAAUUAGGCCUUUAUCUUCCAAGUAAUGAUGGGAGAUUGACAAAGUCAAAUAUACUGGUUUUUGAUGAUGCUCCACAUUAUAAAAGCCGAAUGCAAGGUAAUGUGGGUGUUCUAAUGCUUGUAGAUCUCAGCCAGUGUUAUCUGGGCAAAGACCAUGCCUUUCAUACAAAGCUAAUCAUGUUACUUCCUUCAAAACUGAGACCAAGGUUACUUAGCGGAAUCUUGGAAGAGAUCCUGGAUGAAGAAACACCAAAUAUAUGUCAAUUUGGAGCACUCUGUUCACUACAAGGUCGCCUGCAGUUGCUGCUCUCUUCUGAACAGUUCAUCACAGGACUCAUCCGGAUAAUGAAGCAUGAAAAUGACAACGCCUAUCUAGCAAAUGAGGAAAAAGCCAGUCGACUCUGCAAGGCCUUGCGUGAAGGUUUGAAAGUUUCUUGCUUUGAGAAACUGCAGACAAGCCUUCGAGUAAAAGGAUGUAGUCCAAUCCCUCACAGUAAGAGUGAAACAUUGGCAUUCCUGAAGAGAUACGGAAAUGCAGUGAUCCACUUGUACAUCCAGCAUGCAGAGAGCAAGGAUAUUAAUUUCCUUUUAGCCUUAGCGAUGACCCUUAAAACUGCAACUGACAACUUGAUUUUAGAUACCUCCUACCUGAUAGCCAUGCUUGGCUGCAAUGACAUCUAUAGAAUCAAUGAGAAACUUGACAAUUUAGGUGUUAAGUAUGAUUCCUCUACUGAGCCUUCAAAACUUGAACUGCCUCUGCCAGGUACACCGAUACCAGCUGAAAUCCAUUACUUACUCCUUAUGGACCCUAUGAAUGUAUUCUACCCAGGAGAAUAUGUUGGAUAUCUUGUUGAUGCUGAAGGUGGUGAUAUAUAUGGAUCAUACCAGCCAACCUAUACUUAUGCCAUUAUUGUACAAGAAGUAGAAAGGGAAGGAGAUGAGAAUUCUAGCUUUCUGGGAAAGUAUUUUCAAAUUGAUAUUGGCUAUAGCGAGUAUAAAAUUGUGAGUUCUCUUGAUCUGUAUAAAUUUUCGAGGCCUGAUGAAAGUUCCCAAGGAAGAGACAGUACUCCAACCACGCCCACAAGUCCCACAGAAUGCCUUUCGCCAGGCCUCAGGCCAAUUCCUCCCCAUUUUCCUGGGAGGGAAAGCCACAGACUGCCAACAUCAAGGCACCAGUCUCCAAAGAAGAUUAAGCUACAUGCUUUGCCUGAAAUUCUUCGAGAGGUUACAGCUGUGUUAGAGCAAGCUUGGAGGCUGCCUGAACCAGAAAGGAAAAAGAUUAUCCGGCGGUUAUAUCUAAAAUGGCAUCCCGAUAAAAAUGCAGAGAAUCUGGAGAUUGCAACAGAAGUCUUUAAGCAUCUGCAAAACGAAAUCAACAGACUGGAAAAACAAGGUGUUGGAGGCUCUGAUUUUAGCACAGAUAGAGCAUCAAGAAGAACAUAUCCCUCUUCAUCUGCUCGGUUCCAGUCAGAAAAGUUUUCAUUUCAGAGAUUUUAUACUUCAUGGAAUCAGGAAGCAACAAGCCAUAAAUCUGACAGACAGCAUUUUAAAGGCAGGUUUGCUUCAGCACCAGGAUCAUCACACUCCUCACGAUUUUUUGUACCUCCUACUUACAAAACUGUGGGCAAUCCCAUAGAGGCACGAAGAUGGCUCAGACAAGCUCGGGCAAACUUCUCUGCAGCUAGGAAUGACCUGCAUAAAAAUGCCAAUGAGUGGGUGUGUUUCAAGUGCUACUUAGCAGCAAAACUUGCUUUGAUAGCAGCUGAAUAUGCAGUUAAAGGAAAGUCUGACAAAGAUGUCAAACCAACUGCACUUGCACAGAAAGUAGAGGAAUACAGUCAAAGUCUGGUAGGACUUGCAAUUGAUGUAAAUACUCUGGAAGCAUAUGGUGUUGACGGAUUGAGGACCCGGUAUCCAGAUCUCCUCCCUUUUCCCCUGAUUCCAAAUGAUAAAUUCACAUCUGAAGUUGCAAUGAGAGUGAUGGAGUGUACUGCUCGGAUCAUCAUAAAACUGGAAAACUUCAUUCAGCAAAAACUAUAAGAUCUCACUCAGUGAGAAUAACAAAUACAUGAACACCAACCAGGGAAAAUGCCCAUUAUAAUCACAUUUCCAUCUGCUCCCAGCAUUUAAUGCAAGCAAAACCAUUUUGUUAACUGGGGAAAAAUGAUUGACAUGAUCAUUUACAGUUUAUUCCUUCUUUAACCUUCACACCUACUAAUGUUCAUUUAGCAUAUUCAAUUAUUUUGUUUAAUAAAAUAAAACUGGUAAUAUUUAAAAGCUGAACUCAGAUACAGAUCUCCAGCCAGAAAUAUGUAAUUUCCAGUAAUAUAAACGGACAGCUUAAGGUUGAUUGUAGUAUGAGUAAAGCAAUUCACCGCAUUUCUUCUACAGCACAGCACUCAUUGCAGUGGUUCUGAGCCUAAUGUGUUUUUGAAAUGGAGAAAAUACAUUUUCUUUUAUAUAUGCACCAAACAAUAGCAGUUAGUCUACAUUUUUCAAGCUGUACAUAUGAAACUGCUGUAAGAAAAGAAAAUGCAACAAUUUGCUUUUAUCAUGCAAAGUAUCUUGAAAAGAAUUAGAUUAUCUGAUAUGUCACCUAGAUACAGAACAGCCCUUCAUUGGUGCAGGAGAUUGUUUUCCACAAUUGGUUCAAUGCUCCACAUAAUAUAUAAAUGUAAUUUCAUAAAGGUCAGGAUGUUCAAUUAUAAGCCAUACACAAAGAAGAUCCUAAAUAAAGUCUGAUUCAGUAAAAGAAAAUAUUUUAUGGUACAGAGCUAUAUCAUGUUCAGCUCAAAUUAGUACUCUGAUCAUUUAUCUGCCAUUGCCAUCUGCUCAGUCGAAUGAAGUAUUUCAGUGACUUAACCCCCAAAUAAAACCUCCAAAUGACCAUCGUAUUUUUCUCUGCACUAUUGUAUUUGAGUAACGCUUUUCUAGUUAUUGUUAUUUGCCUUGAGAGAGUUCUUCAUUAAAGGUGAUAUUUCUACUUAAGUUUUCUUUUUAACAAAAUAGUUCCAUGUCCAAAUGAAACUGGCAAAGCAUGAUUGAAACAGUUUUUUCAUGCAUCAUCUGAUUGUAACAGUGGUGAAACAUUGUGAUGUCUAAUGUAUUUCAUCAGCUGGAGCACUGCAGUCCAGGGUAAAGUGGAAACAUGUCCAGCUGCUGCAAUUGAGCUACUGUUCCCAAUAUAAAUACGGGCGAGCUUACUUUUCAUUGUUUUAAUGCCUUAAAUUAUUGCGACAGGUUAUAGUAACUUGCACUAGAAUAUUUGAAGAAUUUCUUGACCUACAUGCUCCUUUGGGGGUUAGGGAGAAGGUUAAGAUUUAAUUUUCUGUAAUGCUUGCAGUUGAACUCCAAGUGGCUGUUAUUAUGCAAACAUGUUUUUGCCAAAUAUAUACAAUAGAAGUCUAGACACUACACGUAUUACACAUUCUAAGUAUUCACAAAAUGGCCUGGGUCCUAACAUUGGACUAUAACAAUAUGUUUCACACCAUAGUUUUACAGAAUUAAUGAAAUGUUAGCAAUUUUUUUCAAGUUUAAAACUUGAAAAUUCUAUUUAAUUGUAUGAUGAAAAAAAAUUCAUUUUAUACAUGCAGCAUUGUGCAAUAUUUAUGUUCUUCGAAGUGUUUGUGUACUUACUGACCCAAAUUUUCCAAAAAACACUUUGCUCACUAAUUCAAUAGUGAGGCCUAAUGGGCAGAUAUAUUUUUGACUACUUUGCAUGACAUUUUCAGUCAGUUUCUGUCAUUCAUUAUGCAGAUGAGGUGUGUUUUAAUGUAUUUUCAGUUUUAAUUUUAUAUUACUGUAUUAUAUUAGUGAACAAAUGGUAAAGGUGCUGGUCUGCAUUUAUAUAUUAAUGUGUUUUGUGUAUUUUGUUUACGAUGUCCACAUGUUUCUAGAAAUUAUCGAAGAGAUGGGUUAACUUGGUUGCCAUUAUUGUUUGUAAUGAAUGUGAUAACAGGAUCUGCGUUUUAUUUUUUUAGUUUUAUAUAUGAAUUAGCCACUUUAUUUGGCAUCCUAGUUAAUUGACUUGAAAUGUGUUUUCAGUACUGGAAACAUUUAGAACUAAUGUUUGGGUUUUUUCUGACUUUGAGUACUGUUCCAGCUUUUCUGCUGAAAGAUGGUUAACAAUUUUUCUGUUGAAAAGAUAGCUUCUCCUGUACACCAUACUGAACACAUUUUCCAGCAUUACAUUAUCCAGGAACAAACAUAAGGGGAGAUAGUGGCAUAAUGGUAAUGUCACUGGAUUAGUAAUCCAAAGAAUAAAUCUGGAAUUGAAAGCUAGCCUCAGUAAUGAUGGCCAUGAAACUAUCAUUGAUUGUUGUUAAAAACAAUCAGGUUCACUCAUGCCCCUUUAGGGAAGGAAAUUUGGUGUCCUUAUCUGGUCCAGCCUAUAUGUGACUCCAGAUCCACAGUAAUGUGGUUGUCUCUUAACUGCCCUCUGAAAUGGCCUAGCAAGCCACACAGUUCAAGGGCAGUUAGGAAUGGGCAACAAAUGCUGGCCUUGCCAGUGAUGCCCACAUCCCAUGAAAGAAAUAGAAGAUAUAGGCCAUUCAUGUUAACUCCCACUCAUUACCUUGUGGAAUCUCAUGCAUAGUGUUUCAUAGUGUCAACAGUCGUCCUUUACUGGUUUAAUCCUAUUGUUACAUUCUCUCUGAGGAAAGAAUUCUGUUUUUAAGCAUAUUUUUUUCCUCAACGAGAAACUGAGGCAGAGUUAGCCAUAAUCUCUGACUAAGCACAAUGUUCUAUAAAAGUGACACUUCACUGAUUUCUAAGAACACAUGUAAUAUCUGUGCUAGUUUUCUACUCAGCGACAUUUGAAACACUCGGGUGCUUUAUGUACACUGAUUAUUUGUUGUACUUCGCUCACUUUUAUUCUCUGGGGUUAGGAUUUCACAAUUGCUGUCACAACUAUGUUAGCGCAUACGUCAGUGACUUUAAGCACAAAUAUGUGCUCAGUACUCGGGAUAUUAAAACACAGUCAGGACUGUGUAGCAUGUUAACCAUUAUAUUUUCUUGACAUUCAAUAGCAACUUCAGUACUAUUUAGGUACAUUGUACCAUGAUCACGUAAAACAUACUGCCUGAGUCAAUUUUGCUGUUGUGUAUAUUUGACAGAACUGUUACUGCAAGACUAUGGUGUGAUGUUUACUAGCAGCUGAUAGAUUGUGUACAGGCUGCUGUGAUGAGAAAUGCAUUUUUGAAGAAUGAUUUUAGUACUGCUUCUGAAUUUGGAGCUGUAUAGCACUGUCAGCUGAUGUACCAAGUACCAACUCCAAUAAAAUAACUUC